CUGUACCCUCCAUCCAUAUAAAAUUAUUCUAUACCAGAUUCAGUCUUCCUUUUAUUGCCGUCGUAUAGUGGAUCCGUGAUUUUUAUUGGAUUUAAAAUUGUGUUCUGUGUUGCUACCUAGUCCUUAAUGUCGUCCAUAAUGCUGUCUGACUUGAAUGAAGUAUCGAGUGAUCCUCCAAUCGUAGAAAAUAUGAAUCCAUCUUUCAACAACGCAGACUCUUUCGCCAAUAUUGAUGAUGUACCGCUGGAUGUUCUUAUGCGUAGUAUUUUAAUUUCCCGCGCCAAAACAGGGGCCACUAUUCAAGAUUUGCGGAGUGACUAUUAUGAGCACACAGGCGAAAAAUUUCCUUUCGAGGAGAACAUCGUUGAUUCGUUACUGAACAUUCCCGGCGUGAUUUGCUAUAAAGAUCACAAUGGUACCUUCAUCUUCAAUCUUUCUCGCACUAGUCCCAAGUCACAGCAUAUCCUCAACAUGGUUCGUAACCAGAAACCAUCCUACAAAUCCAUGCAGAAUAGAGGUUCCGGCAUAUUUUUCAAAUCACCAAGGAAUGGAGGGGAUAACCAAUGCUUCUUCAGAGAUAAUUAUGAUUAUUUGAAUAAGUGGAGCCGACCGCAAGAAUACACCGAAAAUGGAUCAGCUCAUCUCUACAUAUAUCAACUUCUCGGAGACGAUUUUUUCCUCUUCAUGGCAAAAAUGGAACUAAAUUGUCAAUUCACUUUAGGACAUCGAAUCCUGCAGUCAGGGCUAUGCGUUUCUGGACAGACAAUAGCGAGUGCCGCGGAACGUGUGCGGACAUUUAGAAACCUCAGUAAAUACAUUAUCGUUAACAUUGGUUCGGUGGAUAUCUUACACGGUCGCGACUUAAUGGAUAUGAAGCAUGAUUUCUUGGAACUAAUGAAGGCCUUCAGACUACGGAAUAUUUUCCCAAUUGUCACAACACUGGCUCCGCUUGCCAAUAACUAUCAUCGGCCCUGUUUGAAACAGAACUUGGAACAUUUCAAUGAAUUCCUCCGGCACAAUUGGCAAGCAUUAGAUUUGUGGUCGAUUAUGGUUAAUCGGAAUGGCCAGACAUUAUAUGAAUGUUAUCAAAGCGAAGCUCGGUACGUUACGGGAAGCAAUCAACCACACGUCAUGUGGAAUAAAAUUGGGCGACAGAGGAUCCUUAAAUUUAUAAAAAGUCAACUAUUGUGAUACAAAUUCACUUUAAUUUUUUAAUUUUAAUUUAAUUUUAUUGUAAAUCUUGCUCUGUUUAUUUUACUGUGUAAUUCUAGUUCCGGCCUUUUCUUUUACUGAAUGGUCUUAAUUUUAAAGUAUUUCAAUUUUAAAGUCUGUCUACUGCGGCGAUUUAUAAUGCUCCGAAUUAGUUAUCGAGUAGAUGAGAUAAUAACAACAAUAUUUUUAAGAAUAAGGCCAAAUAUUGAUCAAUUGUUAAAGGUUCCGAAUAAAUUUUUAAAAUUUCUA